AUGAAAAGCCGGUCCCAUCGGCUCCCGGUGUCGGAGCCCCACCACGAGGACUGGGUUAACGGGUCGUGGACAGUGGACUGUGUUUGCGGUGUCAAUUACGAUGACGGUGAGGAGAUGGUGGAUUGCGAUGAGUGCGGAGUUUGGGUUCACACAAGGUGUUUUCACUUUGUCAAGAGUGAGAAAUCUUUUGCUUGCGACAAAUGCAAAAGCAAGAACAGUGUCGGUGUUCCAGAUGACAGUGAGGAGACAGAGGUGGCUGAAUUUUUGGUUGAGUUGCCCACAAAAACACUGAGGAUGGAUAAUCCCAGUCCAGCAAGUGUGGCCCCACGUAGGCCUUUCAAACUUUGGACCGGUAUGCCCUUGGAGGAUAGGGGUCAUGUUCAGGGUGUGCCGGGCGGUGAACCUGGACUGUUUUCAGGGAAUGGGAUGUCUUCGAUCUUUGGUCCCGAGUUGUGGAAGAGUACUGGUUAUGUUCCCAAGAAGUUUAAUUUCAGGUAUAGUGAAUUUCAGCAUUUGAAUCAUGGUACAGUUGAGGAAAAGGUGGAGAAGGAGUUGGAUAAGAUAAGUGGUAGAGAAAAUGGCAAUCAAGCUGAUAGUGGUGCUGGGGUACUGUUCUCUUUGCUGAAGGAGAAUAAUAAGGCCUUGCCUACUCCAGCAGUAGAUUCAUCUGGUGUUAGAAGCCCUGUUGAAGGCACUGAUGUUCAUGAGGUAAGGUCUCUUAGCCAGCACAAGAACUUGGGCAAUGAGGGUCUAGGUUUUUCAGUCCCUGAGGAUAGCAUGAAGAAGGAGACUAGUAGCUCAGUGCCUAUUGUGUUGCGCUUCGGAAAGUGCCAGAAAGAAAAACUCGGAAUGUUGAAGGAACAAAAUGUAAAGAAGGUGAGGACUGUGGAUUAUAAAGAUGAUAAAAAGCGGCCUAUCAAUUCUUCUAAAGCAGAAUCUUCUCAAGAUGGAAGCUCGAAGGCUCUCAGUGCCCACUGUAAUCAAAAUACUCUUCCUAAUCAAGCAGAUCGUCUUGGUGAAUGUGCUACCAACUUGGCUUCAAAAGAACGUGGUUUAGGGGUUACCCAUCGAAAUGACGUUUCAAGUGAUGAAGCAUCAAAGAAAGAAAACAAAGAAGAUCAUGUUCCUGUGAGAUCAGAGAAAUUUCUUAAAACCAAUAACAAUGUGGAAUCAUUAACAGAACCGAAUGGUUCCUUGAGGCAACCUGUAAGAAAGGAGAGUGGUGGGGAUGCCGGAGGAGGUGCUGGAAGUGGCAAGAUUGUCACGCGUGACAAGGAUUCUUUGGAUGUGGAUGUGAAAAUUGGUAGUGCGGAUGCUAAAGAAAGUCAACGGGGCCAAAGUUGUGACAUUGAUGAGAGCAACACACGGCCUACCAAGAAACUGAAAGGCGACCACAUUGCUGAUGAUCCUAGGCAUCUUCAUGGCGAGCCUUUACCAGGAAAAGAUGCGAAAUUAGCCACUAUGAAAGUCAUAACUACGUGUCCCGAUUCUUCUGUCAAGAUUUUCUCAGAAGAGGGAAGAAUAGCUGAAUCUUCAGCCAUAAAUUCAGAAGCAAGUAAACAGAAGGUGCCUGAUGCAACCAGGAGCCUAAAUAUUGGCACUUCAAGGACUGAUAAAUCUGAUGAAUCACCUGGCAAUCCCUGUCAAUACAAGCGUCAGCCUACUAGUGAAGGUUCCAUAGGAGCAAGAAAAAAGUCUUCGGGACUUAAAUAUAAUUCAGAAGUGGCUGAUGAAUUGCAUAAAUCUAAUGGCACUGCUAGAAGCAACUCAACAGCCUCUUAUCAGCGUAAAGGAGUAUCUGAGGUGAAAUCCACUUCAACUUCGAGUGGUGGUAUUUCUAAGCUCUCAGACAACCACAUGACAGCAAGUACUCAGAAUCCUUCUUUUCUCAGUAGAGAGAACGGUUUAUCUAAUAGCACUGUGGCAACAGCGAAAGACAGCGUGUCAGCUGAUGUGGUUGCACGUGAAGAAAAAUCUGUGAGGCCAAAGAAGUUAGUGAAAGAGUAUUCCAGGCAUCCUCUGAAAAUUUCAGAGUCGUCUAAAUCAUCGCAUACACCUGACUCCAAGAUACCAACAUCUGAUUCUAAGGGUCGGAGCAUUCAUACUUCUAAAGUACCAUUGGUGCCCACUGCAGCAGCUGAUCACAUGUCGAGUGAGCUUACCAGUCCAUUGCAGGUUGAAAGUGCUUCAGACGUGCAGAUCAAAGCUGUAUCUUCAACUGAACCUGGAAAAGUAGAAAAGCAGUCCGAGUCUAGUGGUCACCAGUCAUCUAGAAGAAAUGUGGCUCCAAUGGCAGCUUCGACACCUGCUAAUGUUCCUGCAACCUUGAGUGAUGAAGAGCUUGCUUUACUUUUACAUCAAGAACUCAAUAGUUCUCCGAGAGUUCCCAGGGUGCCACGUAUGCGCCAUGCUGGCAGUUUGCCGCAGUUAACAGGUCCAAGUGCCACAAGUGUACUGAUGAAGCGAGCAUCUACAGGAGGAAAGGAUCACAUUGUGGCUUCUAGAAGGACUAAGGAUUUGUCUGGAGAGGGUGCACAUGGUUCUGUGGAGGUUGAUAAUGAAACCAAGAAAAUGGAUAGAAAGCCCACUUCACCAUAUAAGAGGCGGCGAGAUUCUGGUUUCAAUGCAGACACGCUUCGAAGAAGGGAAGCAGAUGGUGGCCGUGGUAAAAGUGUGCAGUCUGCGAAGAAAGUAAGUACAGGCACUACUCUUUCCUCAACCCCUGAUGCCAACGGACACAAAUUAUCAUUUGAUUGCCCCUCAUCAAGGGCUACCUCCGAUAACGACCAACGGGUGGUGGGCCGUCAGACUACUCGCACUUUACCUGGUUUGAUUGCUGAAAUUAUGUGUGAAGGCAAACGAAUAACCUAUGAAGAGCUUUGUAAUGCGGUUCUACCGCAUUGGCCUCACUUGAGGAAGCAUAAUGGAGAGCGUUAUGCGUAUUCGAGCCACUCUCAAGCUGUACUUGAUUGCCUGAGGAACCGAAGUGAAUGGGCUUGUUUAGUUGAUCGUGGUCCAAAGGCAACCCUGAGUAGAAAACGACGCAAACUCGAUGGUGACUCCAUGAGUAUUGAGUCAGAGGAUAAUGAAGAGAAUGGGAUAAAAAAUCCAAAGGAGUCUGGUAGCAAGAGUUAUGAGUCCCAACAUGAAGACUUUCCCAAAGGAAAGCGGAAAGCCAGAAAGCAAAGGCGGCUGGGUCGGGCAGCCCCACAGAGGAGGCGGAGGGCUGACGUGGUCAGUGAUGAUGAGAGCGAAGAAUUUUCUAGCUCGAGUGAAGAAAGUAGUACUUCUAGUGAAGAAGAAGAAGAAGAUGAAGAUGAAGAUGAAGUUGAAGAAGAGGAGGACGAAGAAGAGGAGGAGGAAAUACAGGGCGGUGGGGCCUCUGUACAUGGGAGUGAGGCCUCGGCUAGCUCGGAUGAGGUGUAA